UCUGCUCAUGAUGAAGAGAUUAUUCACCCAACCAGCAGUGCCACAACAGCAGGCUGAAGUCGAAGACACUUUAAAGAGAAUUCAGAGCCAUAAGGGUGUUAUUGGCACAAUAGUCGUUAAUGGAGAAGGUAUUCCCAUCAGAACCACACUAGACAGCUCAACCACUGUGCUGUAUGCCGGACUGCUGCAUCAACUGACUUUAAAAGCCAGAAGUACAGUGAGAGACAUCGACCCCCAGAAUGACCUGACAUUCCUGCGCAUCAGAUCCAAGAAACACGAGAUCAUGGUGGCGCCAGAUAAAGAAUACCUGUUGAUUGUGAUCCAGAACCCCAGUGAAUAACUUGGUCAGUGUUAAACGACAUCAGGAGGUUUGCACACUGUUUUUGUUGGGGGUUUCACAUCGGCAUAGUAAAUAAUUUUCUUAAACGUGUGAAUUUGAAUUAACAUGAUGUUCAUAUACAUGUAUGAUAUUUCAUAUGGUGUUCACCACUUGAGAUAAUCCAAGACUGCAACCUAUCUGUUAUCCUCAAGUUAUUUAAGAAAUGAUAACGUUUGAUUGUGCGGUGUCAUUGAUUACAUGUAUUGUUGCCAAUAAAUAAGUGAACCCAUGUUUGUUAAAGGUCUUCUAAAUGUAAAUUGAAUUUCUCUGGCUUCAUAACAAUUUUAUGAUAUGGCUAAAUGUAUUGUUGUUUUCGUUCCCCUCAUGCAGUAAAUUCAAGUUUAAUAGAUACAAUAUCCACUAGAGGGAUCCACUUUAUUGCUGCUUCUUUACUGCUCUGAAAUAUUGCUGGUUUAAUCGGCUAGUUCAAAAGGUAAUGGGAUGUGUUUGUGGAUGCAUCUCAUUUAAAUGCAUUUGUUCCUUUAUUACACAUUUAUUAAAAUUACACUGGAUAGAUGAGAUGAGACGGAUGUCAGCUGGAACCUUUGGGUUCACUUUUCUUUUGUGUUGCAGUAGCCCAAGUGUAUUUGCCUGCGGGUAUAGUGUUGUGUUUUGAAAGGAAUAAUGUGACCUGAAACUUUAUGCUCUAAUUAAUAUCAGGCCACAUCCACACUACUCCGUCGUUUUAUUAUGGAAGCCAGAUCUUGCCAUGGUAUUAAAAAAUAAAAGAGAAAAUUUGGACUUUAUAUCCUGAUUUGUGACUUUCUCACAAUUGCGAAAUAAAUUUGCUAUUGUGACUUUGUGAUAUAAGUUUACAUCUUGCAAUUGCAACUUUAUAUCUAGCCAUUUUGACUUUAUAUCUCACAAAUGCAACUUUAUUUCUUGCAAUUUUAACAUUAUCAUAAUUGUGACCAUAUCUUGCCAUUUUUAUUUUAUUUCUUGCAAUUUUGACUAUAUCUCAAAUUUUUGUCUUUAUAUCUCACAAAUGCAACUUUAUAAAUCACAAUUGCAACUUUAUUUCUCAAAUGUGCAACUUUAUAUCUUGCGAUUCUGGGCUAUAAAGUCCAGUUUGUGAGAAAUAAGUUGCAAAUAGUCACAAUUGCUAGACAAACUACCAAUUCUGAGUUUAUUUCUUACAAUUGCGUGUAUAUUUUGCAAUUUUUAUUUGAUUUCUUUCAAAUGCAACUUUAUAACUCUAUAUUGCAACUUCAUUUUUCACAAGUAUGACUUUACUUCUUGCCAUUCAGGGUUAUAUAAGUCGCACUUGUGAGAAAUAAAGUUACGAAUAGUCACAAAUGAUUAUAUUUCACAAUUUUGCCUUAUAUUUAGCUAUUUCGAUUUUAUUUCUUGCAAUGGCGUCUAUGUAUAUCUCACUAUUUCAAAUUUAUAGGCCAAAAAUUUGACUUAACAUGAUAUAAAGCUGCAAUUUUCAAGAUAUAAAGUCACAAUUGUGAGAUGUAGACAGAAUUUCUUAUUAUUGUUCUAUUCUUUCUGUUGCAGGACCAAUGCACCAUACAUUAUAACUCAGAAUUGAGAGAAUGGUCACAUUUGUGAGACAAAAUAUCUGAGUUUAGUUCUCACAAUUGCUAGUGUAUCUCUCAAUUUAGAUUUUAUAUCUCGCAAUUGCAACUUUAUAUCUUAUAUAAAGCAUUUAAGCCUAUAUUGCAUGAUAUGAAGCCAAAGUUGUGAGAUAUAAGUCACAAUUGUCAGAUGUACUGAGAGAGAAAAUCCUUUUUUAUUUUUCUAUUUUGUAGCAGGAUCAAUGCACCAUUCCGUAACUUUAAGCUGUUGACUGGUAGCCUUAUUUUCAUUAUUUACCAUGAGCUUUUUAUCAAUGGACAUGUGUAAUUUGAUUUUCAUCCUCUUAUUAUGGUACUGAUAAUAACUAGAUGUGAACAGAAUAUUUCUGGUCUCUUUAAAUCACGUUCACUUUGUAAAUUGUCAACAACACUAUCAAAAAAGUUUAAUGUUAAACACUUGAGUCAAAACUACUCAAAUUCACUAUUGUACCUCAGGCUCUUUGACAACAGAUUAUGAGGAUGCUUGGUUAUCGAUAAGAAAUCAAUAUCUCCAAAACAUCAGUACCACCCAGUAAAUCUAACAAAAUUCUUGUGUCCAACAAUUAAAAUCAUACAACAGUGUUAUAACUUUGACAGUCUGUUGAUUUGAUAUUCACUGUUGAAAACAAUAUAUAUUUUUAAUAUUGUACUGAUUGUAACAAAA